ACCCGUCUGUACUCCUCCUUCCAUUGGCCGGUGGUCGCGUCAGUAUUCUUGCGUUUCUAAAGCUUACGCCCCCUAGCAAAAAGCUAGUGUGCAGCUUUUACUAACACUGACUGUGACACAGGAAUGUCCUUCCCUGCCGCCUUCGAUGCUCACGUCACAAAGAGAGAGAAGAUUCGGCCAGUCCCACGUUGAAACCUCCCCCACCUGCUUAUUGUCAUGUAUUGUAGGUGUAGGGCAGGCUGGUCCAGACAGCUGCAUUCCAGACAGUGUAGACUGGUUAAUACAUCCACAGCCAGACACUGGACCAGUGUGGAGUACAAGCCCAGGAGUGGAUGAAGACAGACAGUUCAUCAGCAAGCCCUGCGCUGGCUGAUCUCAGAACAGAGAGGAGACUCUCGUUAACGGCUACCUUGAAGGAGCUUUGGAGAGCUGUGGCCUGAAGGCAUUUUGAUUUCUGAAAUGUCAAUGAAACAAGCUGACGGGAUGUCCAUCGCCCAGGCUUUGGCCAUGACCGUUGCAGAGAUCCCAGUGUUUCUGUACUCCACAUUUGGGCAGAACAUAUUUUCACAGCUAAAGCUUACUCCAAGUUUGAAGAAGGUGCUGUUUGCCACAGCGCUGGGCAGUGUAGCUCUGGCUCUCACUGCACACCAGCUAAAAAGGCGGGGGAGAAAAAGGAAGCAGGCGACACAAGGGAAGGAGGGCCAGAAGACCGUGGGAAUACCUGAGGCUCUGCUGCGGACAGGAAGACCCUCGUCACUUAAGAGAGCUCCGUUUAGUGGUCGACAGAUGAUGAGUCCCAGCACUCGGAGCAAUGACACCAUGAGUGGAAUUUCUUCCUUGGCCCCCAGUAAACACUCGAGUUCCUCACACAGCCUGGCAUCUACGCGGGUUCCAAGUUCUCCAAAUCAGUCUGCCAACCCAUCCACCCCCUGGGAAGCAGAGCCUGUGGUUGAGGAAUCAAUGGCAAUAGAGGAUGCAAAUGCAGAGAAUCUCUAUUUAAUGGGGAUGGAGUUGUUUGAGGAAGCUCUGCAAAAGUGGGAACAGGCUCUGAAUAUUCGUCAUCACACCCACUCGACCGCCAGCAACAGUAGCCUCGCUCUACAGGGGGCAAUGUGUGGAGACCUUCCUGUGGUUGAAGCCCGUAAUAAAGUGUUUGCUGAUAAGCUGGAGACAUUAUUGCACAGGGCGUACCACCUACAAGAGGAUUUUGGCAGCAGCAUCCCAACAGACAGUGUGCUGGCAGACUUUGAGAGUGAAGGAACUCUUAUCUUACCUCAAGUAGAGAGUUUCCAAAGACUGCAAGAUGAUGAUGCGACUACUGUCGCCUCUGAUGAGUCCUUCUUCUCGGCUGCAGAGCUGUUUGAUGCCAUGUCUCUAGACGAGGUCUACCAGCCACUGAAGCCAGCAGCUCUCUAUGAAGAAGCCUUGUCUCUGGUCCGGGAGAGCAAAGUGUCCUAUAGGUCCCUGAGGACUGAAUUACUUGAAUGUUACGGUGACCAAGACUUCCUUGCCAAGCUCCAUUGUGUGAGACAAGCAUUCCAGUUCCUGCUGUUGGAUGAAACUCACCGCACAUUCUUCAUGGAGACAGGGAAGCAAAUGAUUACAGGGUUGAUGGUGAAGGCAAACAAGAGUCCCAAAGCCUUCCUGGAGAGCUAUGAGGACAUGCUGCUUUACACUCAGAGAGAGGAAACGUGGCCGGUCACUAAGAUGGAGCUGGAGGGCCGAGGGGUCGUGUGUAUGAACUUCUUCGACAUAGUGUUGGACUUUAUUCUUAUGGACGCCUUUGAAGACCUGGAGAGCCCUCCCUCCUCUGUGGUAGCCGUGUUGAGGAACCGCUGGCUCUCCGACAGCUUUAAAGAAACGGCUCUGGCGACUGCUUGCUGGUCCGUCCUGAAAGCAAAAAGGCGUCUUCUAAUGGUUCCUGAUGGUUUCAUCUCCCACUUCUAUGCCAUAUCAGAACACGUGAGCCCUGUUUUAGCUUUUGGGUUUUUGGGACCCAGGCAGCACCUAAGUGAAGUGUGCACUAUCUUCAAGCAACAAAUCGUGCAGUACCUUAAGGAUAUGUUCGAUCAUGACAAGGUCCGCUUCACUUACGCUCAGUGCUUGGCUGAGGACAUCCUUAACCUUUCCCACCGCCGGAGUGAGAUUUUAUUGGGCUAUCUGGGAAUCGACAGCCUCAUGGAGCUCAAUGGUACCCUGCCCAGAGACACAGAGGGCUCUUCAGGGACCAACUAAGAUGACUAGCUGUUACUAAGGGCUUCAUUGGGCUUGCACAGGCCGAUGGCAGCAGUGGACCGACAGGUUCACAGAGAACCAGAAUUAUGGUUCAUUCAUCUGUGUUCAUGAAACACAACUACUGAAAGGGGAUAUAUUUUCAUCCAGAUCUACAGCAUCACUUGUCCUUGAGCUAACGAGGGAGAGCGGUUGGAUAACAUGACUCCAUCUCUUCCUGAUAACAGCUGCUCUGUUGCGUAUCAAGAAUGGCUACUGUAGUCAUUUAAUCUCAGAUGUGUGAGGACUUGUCUCUGCCUUGUUGAGCGACACGGAUAUUUCUAACAAACACAUGAAGCCUGGGCCUUCUACACUACUACACUACAUGGAUGGAGAGGAUUCAGCUGACUUGUGGGUUAUCACUGUCUUCAUUAUUAUGUGAGAAGAAGUGGUGUGAAAGUGUGUCGAUACUUUGCAUUUGUAUGUUUUUGUAUUAUGAUGGGGAAGAUAUUUGUUAAAACCAUGACAAUUCCUGACAGGCUUGGCAACUGAAAACUUGAAGGAUAAUGGGCUUUUCUCCUCCUUAUUCUGAAGUAUUUAUUCCAAAUGUGUUUAAUCAGGCAGGAGAAUGUCACAACAGUGUGUUAAAUGCAUACAUGUAACACGUGUAGGCGUUAAAUUCCCCCAAAACUAUUUUAUGACCCCAGUCCUAGUCUUCUCAGUCAAAGUGGACAAAGCUAAUCCAGCUAAAAGGUUACGUUUUGUUCAUUUUUACUUUUUUAUAAGUCACAGCUGACCCCUCAUAUCUGGCAGAGACAACACAUCCUCAUACCCAAACGACUGAAUAGGUUGAUUGUCAGUCUCCCAAGAUGACAUAUAUCGCCAUUGAAGUGCAAAAGCAAAGUACCAGACCAUUGGCUUAGGGUUACAGUGUAGUUAGGUUUAGGCAUCAAAACUACUUGGUUAGGGUCAGGAAAACAUGAUGGUUUUGCUUAAAAUCACUUCAUUAUCUCUGUAACUUCAGUUACAAAUGUAUCCACGUUACGUAAGUAACUUACAUUGCAUUAUGUCGCCUCUGGAUGAAAGUCCUCACUUGCUCAACCCAAACAUCCGUCCCGGACCACCUCCCUAUACAGACUUUUCCACCUUUAUAUUACUUCUUGUCAAUUCCUCCUUUGCACCUGUACUGAUUUCUACAGCCACUAGAGGUCACUGCCCAACAACAUGACAUCAAUAUGCACUGUACUGUAAUAAGCUGCUUUCAUUUUUGACUUACAUGGUCGUUUCAUGGUCGACAGUAAUGGAUAAAUUGAAUAUUGUCCAUUUUAUACGACAUGGAGGCACAAAAAGAAGCUUCAGCUGACACAAUACAAGGUGUGAUAACAUCUGCCAGUAUCUCAAACGGGGCUCUCAUAGAGUGAUGACCGGCAUUAUUACUUGAAAUCAAUAUUUGGAAAGGAGUCACCUCUUGACUAAUGAUUGUUUUGGGGGUUUUUUUUGUCAUAUUCUCACAGUUAAUGUUCUUAGGAAUUAAUUGUCAGACCAGAAUUACUUCCAAAUUUUUAGGCCUAAAUUCUACAACGUGCUAUGCUUUAAUUCACCAAAUGGGGGAAAAAAAUGAAAUAGUGGCAUUAUUCAAACACAAGUUGUAUAAAUUUAAUCAGUGUCUUCAAUGUAAAUAUAUUUGAAACAAUUAUCCUUGUUGAUUAUGGUUCUUAUCUUAAAAGUGACUGACUGGAAAUGAGUGUAAGUAAGGUGGAUUAGUAGAUUGGAAAAGUCCAUCUUACCUAUAACUUUGUCGGCUGACAGGGGGAACGCCAUGUUCAUUUUAUUAUUUACCACCUGUGGUUUUCAUACUGUGACAGGUCAAAAUGCAUUUAACAAUCUGGAACACAAAAAAACACAGUCAGUGUUGUUGAUUUGAAACAUAUGGCUGUUUUCCAUCAGUGUGCACAUACACUGUACAUAUGUUGCUUGUGUUCUUACUGACACAACCUCUAAAUGGAACGGUGCUAUGUACUAGUCUUGAAAAGGACAUCAUUGUUCAGUUUCUGGUUUCUUGAAGACCUGCAUUGAAGAACUGGGAAUUGGAGAGUCAAACUGUAACCGAAGUAACAAGUGCACUGAUAAUAACCCCUGAACUGUCUUUGUUUUCCUGAAACUGUGAAACUGUCGGACCACAGAGAUAUGGAAGGGGCACAAAGAUGCCAAGUUAAAGUGAGUUUUCUGCAAAAGCAGAUUUGAUACGCAGACUGUAGUUUGUUUGUUUCAGACACUGUCAAAUACUGAAUCAUCUUUAGGAAAUAUUAUGGCAAGAUUAUUUAUUAUGGGUGGCAGUAGAAGCACAGAAUGUAUGGCUGUCUGCGUGAAUGAGAAAAGGGAAGACAUUUCUGUCAAAUCAUUUAGGGUUUCGUCAGUGUCGGCGUCCUUUGAUCAUACACAUUAGCAGAAGUCAGUUCUUUGUUAUUCAUAAUCAUAGAAGUGUGUUUUUUGUGGUCUUGAUAAUCCAAAUCCUGCUCUUGUUGCAACACGCCUCCGAGAUUCAGAGCUCAGAAAUGUUGUUUGUCGCAAUGUCGCAAUACUAUAACAUUGUGUUGUCCUUAAAUUGUACAGUCAUGAGCUUUGUAUGAUUAUUUCUUUCCGUCAAACAUGAACCUUAACUGUAAAUAGAGCUUUUACAGAAAAAAAAUAAUUCUUUGCUUUGGCGGAUGUGCAACUUUGUGUUUUUUAGCAUUUUGCACUUUAUCAGAAAAGCAGGAAGAUACAACAACCCUUUUGAAUAAUCAUUUUGAGAGUUUUAAUAUAAAAAAAACAUUGAAUUAUAUAUUGCAUCAUAGAAGUGACACAUAAUUGAUUAUGUAGACGAUAAAUGCUGUAACAUAGAGAAACUAUCUUUCCCAGAAAGCUAUAUUAUGGUAAUAUAUUCUGGAUACUAUCCAAAGUUUUUUGUUUUAGUCUCCAUCUUUGAAAUGUAAACUGUUGACUGCUUGUGGUCCAAUCCCUUGUGGUGCACUGCUUUAAAAAAAAAAAAAGAAGUUCUCCCACGUUUUAGUCCUGUUAAUGUAGAGUUUCAAGUAUAUUUGCAUCAGUAUGCAUCAUGCAGGUACAUGCAGUUAUGAAGAAAUGCUAAUGUUUAGUCUUGUGUUUGCAUAUCGGUCUGCUUUUUCUGGGCCCUGAGAGUAGAUGAUCAGAGAUGAACUCCUCCGACAGCCUUUGCAUGCUAACAGUGUAGGUUCUGUGAAAUGCAUCAAUCAUAGUAUUCCUGCAACAUGUAGACCCAGACUCAGCUCUAGUUGUUGUUAGUUUAUAAAAUUCCAAUUAGAAAUAAGCUAAAGAAAAUACUUAGGAAUCAUAUGAAAGUCAAAAUUCAGGCAUGGGCUCCCAUACCUGAUGUAUAUGCAUUAGAUUAUAGAGUUUUACAAAGAUUUCAGAUGGCCAAAUUGUUGAAAGAAUUAUUUUAUUUUUAUCGGAAGUCACUGCUGUUCAUUACAAGUGUCCUGUUCAUGCCUUUUGUCUUUUCUAUUGUUAAAUUACAAUGCCAGCACAAACUGUAAAUUGAUUUUGAUUCUCCAUAUUAAAUGUUAUUUUUUGUUAUUAAACAAAAAUAUGUAUCGUUGCCUUUUCCCAACUGA